AUGGAGUCAAUUUAGUCCCAAGUUUGGACACGAAAAUCAUCGUAACCAAACGCUCCCCAAAGGUUGGCUGAGCAUUGAGCAAUCAAUCCGGAAGUGCAGGAGUUCCACAGACUAUAGGCGGAAAAAAUGGGCGGCGAGGGCAAAAUCGGCGGUGCCAGUGGAGGAGGAGGAGGCGGCGGCGGAGGAGGAGCUGGUUUUAGAUCGAGAAUGGAGCACUUCUUGUACAGCGGCGACAAAAAGCACGUCGCGGCCGGCAUCGCCGUCAUUAGCAUAAUUUUCGGCAUCCCUUGGGUCCUCAUGAGUCGAGGAUCAAAACAUCAGUCUCAUCAAGAUUACAUGGAAAGAGCUGACAAAGCACGAAGCCAGAGACUCUCUUCAGGUUCAUCUCAAGCUAAAUGAUUUUCUUUCUUUUUGUCUUUCUUCUGAUAGAGGAGGUUCUUUGGAGCACUUGGUUGGCUUAAAAAUUUUGUAAUAGCUCCUUCUAUAUUUAGCAUUUUUUCCCCUCCCUCUGCUGACAUUAAACGGGACAAGCAAGUUAUACUCACCAAGGUACACUUAUGGUUAUGCAAUAAAGAACCGAAUUUUUGUUCCUUUUUAUACGA